AUGCCGAUCGAACUAUUCGAAGAGGAAGGUCUUGAGAGAAUUCCCGAUCUCCGUCUUUCGGAAUGGCUUUUUUUAGCGACUCUCGAUCGACCAUCAGUUAAGUCAAAGGAUGGUCUGGUCAAAAAAAUGAUGGAUGUUAUCAAAACAGAGAAUAUGACUCCUUUUUAUAAGCUAUUAUGUAAGCAAUUGCACCUAAUUGAAGAUCAGGAUCUCGUUGCAACUAUGGAAAAGGCAAACGAGGAAAAAUUGAAGGAACUUGAAGAAAAUAUUAAGAAGGCAGAGGAGUCAGACGGUGAAACUGAGAUUCGUGAGGCUAUGAUUGCCAAGGCUCAUUUUCUCAGCAAAAUUGGCGACAAAGCGUUAGCCUUGUCUCAAUUCCGCACUAUUUUAGACAAAACAGUUCUUCCCGGUUGUCGACUUGAUAUUACCUUCCAUCUUAUUCGAAUGGGGUUCUUCUGGAAUGAUAGGGACCUUAUUACAACGAACAUUGAAAAGGCUAAUAGUUUGAUCGAAGAAGGCGGUGAUUGGGAUCGUAGAAAUCGAUUGAAGGUAUAUCGUGGUCUUCAUAGUCUUUCAAUUCGUGACUUCGACUCUGCUGCCAAGCACUUCUUGGAUGCUGUUGCUACUUUCACUAGUUAUGAAUUGAUGGACUACAAGAAUUUCAUUGUGUAUACUGUUCUUACGGCCAUGAUUUCAUUAAAGCGUCAAGAUCUUCGAUCAAAGGUUGUGAUGGGCUCAGAAAUUCAAGAAGUUCUUCACAGUCUGCCUGCUGUAAAAGAAUGCCUUAUGUCUCUCUUUGAAUGUAGAUAUGCUGAUUUCUUCCUCUAUUUGGUCACAUUACAGGAUACUGUUUAUAAUUCAGUAGUUCAGUAA